AAUAUCUAGAGAAUAGAACUAUAAUAUCUAGAGAAUAGAACUAUAAUAUCUAGAGAAUAGAACUAUAAUAUCUAGAGAAUAGAACUAUAAUAUCUAGAGAAUAGGUUGUGAUGAAAGAAGCUGUGGAGCUGGGGUCCGUCCAGGGGUCUGUUAUUACGACUACAGAAUAUCAUGACGACUUUCAAAAUACAGACACCAGCGACAACCGACCCUUCUGGACCAAAGAGCAGGAGUCGGGGUUAGGCCUAGCGCACCGAUCAGGCCGAGGGAGAUGGAUGUGGGCGGGGCCUGUUCUGUCUGCUUUCUUCCUAUUGGCUCUGAUCAUCUUUAUGUCCGUCAGCAAUAAGAAAACAGACAGCAGGUUCUCGUCAGUAGAAAAGACUGUUGCCAACCUGAGUACGGCUGUUCAGACGGUCAUCACCGCUCUACAACAGAGCAAGGCCUCAGAGGCGGAGCUGCAGAAGGAGAUUGGAAGGCAGAAGUCCACCAUGGAAAUGACACAACGAAAGCUGGAUUCAGUGUUUGAGUCGGUGAAGGAGUUGGAUCAGUUGGAGUCUCUUCGUUCUGCUGUAGCCGGAUUGAAGUGUUCCUUAGACAGAGUCCUGCACAAUGACACUGUGGCAGGGUGCUGUCCACUAGGCUGGGUGUUGUCUGGCUCCUCCUGCUACCUCUUCUCGUCUGGCGUGUUGCCAUGGAACCAGGCUAGAGUCUUCUGCUCUGACCACAAUGCCCAGCUGGCUGUACUGAAGACUGAACAGGACUGGGACUUUGUAACAGACAGUACCAAGCCGCUGUUCUUCUGGGUUGGACUGUCAGAUGAAAGGACAGGAGAAUGGGAGUGGGCGGAUGGAACACCUUACAUCAUGGACCGCAGCCAGUGGAAGCCGGGCCAGCCUGAUAACUGGAAAGGUCAUGGUCUGGGUGGGACAGAGGACUGUGCUAUGAUACACACCAACGGACAACUGAAUGAUGAUCACUGUUCCCGUAGUUACCGCUACGUCUGUCAGGGACACACACUGACACACACUCACUGAUACACACAUAACUCACACACUGACACACACAUCAACAAGCUCUCACAGUCUCAGUGUAGAAUUAGACUUGUAUCCGCGUUCUCCAAACGUUAUACUUCGAAGUGUUUUUGACACCCUGGGUUGACCCCUGCUCAGCAUCGUUCAGUUUCACCAAACGUCAAAUAUAUAAGAUUAAGGGUUAAAGUUUGGGAUAGGGUAAAAAAGACAUAUACUGAACAAAAAUAUUAAUGCAACAUGGAAAAUGUUGGUCCGAUUUUUCAUGAGCUGAAAUAAAAGAUCGUAGAAAUGUUCGAUAAGCACCAAAAUCUGAUUUCUCUCACAUUUAUUUCACAAUGUGUUUCCAUCCCUGUUCGUGAACGUUUCUCCUUUGACAGGAUAAUUCAUCCACCUGACAGGUGUGGCAUAGCAAGAAUCUGAUUACACAGCAUGAUCAUUACACAGGUGCACCUUGUGCUGGGGACAAUAAAAGGCUCCUGAAAUGUGCAGUUUUGUUCCACAAUACAAUGCCACAACUCAAGUUUUGAGGGAGCGUGUAAUUGGCAUGCUGACUGCAGGAAUUUCCACCAGAGCUGUUGUCAGAGAAUUGAAUGUGAAUUUCUCUACCAUAGCAACAUCAUUUUAGAGAUUUUUGCAGUACAUUCCACCGGCCUCAUAACCUCAGUACAUGUGUACCCACGCCAGCUCAGGACCUCCACAUCCGGCUUCUUCACCUGAGGGAUCAUCUGAGGAUAGAGAGGGGGUGCUCAGGAGUAUUUCUGUGUGUAAUAAAGCCCUUUUGUGCUGAAAAAAAUAAUUCUGAUUGGCUGGGAAUGCCCCCCACAGUGGGUGGACCUGGCUCCCAAGUGGGUGGGCCUAUGCCCUCCCAGGCCCACUCAUUGUUGCGCCUCUGCCCAGUCAUGUGAAAUCCAUUGAUUAGGACCUAAUUUAUUUAUUUCAAUUGAUGGUUUUCCUUCUAUGAACCGUAACUCAGUAAAAUCUUUGAAAUUGCUGCAUGUUGCGUUUAUAUUUUUGUUCAGUAUAAAUAAAAAAAUACUGGGAUCAAAUACCCGACCUUCUGAUGCAGAGUUAUGCUCGUACAGUUGAUUGUUCUCAUUGCCCAUAGUGCCUGGUUUUUAAGGUAUUUCUCGAUGUCCUCUGGACAGACGUCCAAUUUCAAAGUCGAUCUCCCUGCACACACACACACACACACACACACACACACACACACACACACACACACACACACACACACACACACACACACACACACACACACACACACACACACACACACACACACACACACACACACACACACACACACACACACCUACGGCAAUGUCUCCCCACAUAAACAGCCUAGGUUCUGAUGUUCUGAUAUUAAACCACUACAACACGUGUCAACAUGUCUGAUGUUCUGAUAUUAAACCACUACAACACGUGUCAA